UUUUUGUUGGAUGACGUCUGCCAUGUGCCGUCGCAAAGGAAAGACGUCGAAAUACCUCCUCUUUGCGCUUGCGCACUGUGGUCCAUCGCUGAUGCAAGAAAUUUUACGCGGAGAUCUGAGGCUGGUCGAAGGAUAAAUAGUUCUCCGACUUGUAUCUUUUUCAGUCUGCAAACAUGUCAGGAGACGAGAUGAUUUUUGAUCCAAACAUGACCAAGAAGAAAAAGAAGAAGAAGAAGCCUUUCAUGGUGGAUGAGGAAGGUGGAGAGGGCGCUGGAGGAGAAGAGGCCAAAGAGGGGGAAGCAAAGGAGGUCGACCCAGAGGUUGGAGAGGAUAAAGAAGUGGAUAUAGAUGAAGAUGAAAGCAGAAAGAAAGUUAAAUUUCUUCUAGAGCCAUCGGAUGAUGUUACUGACCUGAACUUUACCAACCAGAAGAAAAAGAAGAAGAAACCUAAAAAGAAUUUUAAUGAUUUAGAAGAAGGAUUGAAGGAAUUGCAAAUUGAAGGCGAGCAAACAAAACCGCAAGAGGACGACAUGGAUUUGGUACUUCCAACAAAAAAGAAGAAGCCAAAGAAACCCGAUAUGGAUGAAGGCGGCAGAGAGCUUUUGGAAAACGAUGAAGCACUGGAUGAUGAUGAGGGCAAGAUCAGCGAUGGGAUUUCUUUCAGUUCCUCUUCAGGACCUGCCUGGGCUGGCUCAGAAAGGGAUUACACUUAUGAUGAGCUCUUAAACAGAGUCUUCAACAUCAUGAGAGAGAAGAACCCAGACAUGGUGGCUGGAGAGAAGAGGAAGUUUGUGAUGAAGCCUCCUCAAGUGGUCCGAGUGGGAACCAAAAAAACCUCUUUUGUCAACUUCACAGACAUCUGCAAACUGUUGCAUCGUCAGCCUAAACAUCUCCUCGCUUUUCUGCUGGCUGAGCUGGGAACAAGUGGCUCUAUAGAUGGAAAUAAUCAGCUGGUGAUCAAAGGCAGAUUUCAACAGAAACAAAUUGAAAAUGUGUUAAGAAGAUACAUCAAGGAAUAUGUGACAUGUCACACCUGCCGCUCUCCAGACACCAUCUUGCAGAAGGACACUCGUCUUUAUUUCCUGCAGUGCGAGACGUGCCACUCCCGCUGCUCCGUGGCUAGCAUCAAGGCCGGCUUCCAGGCUGUGACUAGCAAGAGAGCACAGCUCCGCGCCAAAGCCAACUGAAGGCCAUCGAUACCGGGCUCCCCGUCCUCUCUUGGCUUCUUUUUUUCUUUGAAGAAUUUCCGAAGCUGAGGGGGGGCGAAUGCCCUCCUUGAUUUACUAAAAAGACUCUCUGAAUCGAACUGUGGGAGAGUUUGGCUUUAGUUGUCAUUGCUGGACCAGGCAUCGUGUGGAGAGAGAAUGUAUCUAAACCAGUUUGGGUAAAGGCAGCAUAAGCAGAUGAUGUUUGCCACAUUCAUUUAGAUUGAACGCAUUCUGUUUUUUUUUUUUUUUGUUUGGCUGAUGGACUCAAAUUUCCUCAUUUGCUGUGAUUCUUGUUUUCUUCAAGAAAAACCUGAAUAACCCAUUUUGAAUCCUUUCGUUCUUCUCCCACUUCACACAAAAGACAAACAUUUCUGAAAAAAAGAACAUUUUACCACAGAGUUAGUCCAGUUUUGUUCAUUUACUGACAUGACAGAGCUCUGUUACUUCGAUAAAUGAAAACAAGAUUUUUAAUCAUUGUUGAAUAAUUCCAAGUCUCCCAAGCUGCAGUUCAGUUGUUCUACUGACAGACUCAGUUUUACAGCUUUCAGUGAAGUGCACCACCUUACAAGACUUCUGCUGAGGUGGAGACUUGAUGAUAAACCUGCAUGGAGUGGCUGUGUUCAGAAAGAACUUGUAAUGUGCUGUGUACUUUUUGACUACUCUUGUAGCAUUGCUGAUUUUUAAAGAAAGUAAACUGAUUUUAUUAGAACAACUUGGGGGAAAAAAAUCAAUGUUUUCCGAAUUAUUAUUUUUUUUUCACUUGAAGGCAGUUUAAUAGAUAAAAGCAUUGAGGGCAGGGGGUGUUCUGAAGAGAGACAAAUUAUUCUGAUGCAAGCUAUUCUUCAUUAGGUUAAAAAAAAAUGCAUCAGUUUAUUCACCCAUCCAUUUUCUAAAUCUGCUUCAUCCCUUUCAGGGUCUCGGGGUUUCUAGAGCCUCACCUGGCUACUAUUGGGAAAAGGCAGUUUUUUCACCAUCUAAAUUGACUCAAAAAUCUGUGUUUGACAGUAAUGGCAAAAAAAAUGGUUUGAACUUGUUUUAAAACUUUGUUUUUACAUAAAUAAAAUGUUCUCUUGCUCUA